AUGCAUGGCGGGAGCGUAGUGCCGCUUGAGGACGACUCGAUGAUGGCGAGGUAUUACAGAUCUCCUCUGGUGACCAGAGCAGUGUGUACCCUUACAGUGUGGCUGUGGCUGGUAGAUGUCAUUCUCCUUCCGCUCUGGCGAUGGUUCACCUCUCCAUUUGUUGAGCAAGGCAUUUUCGGGGUGCUGAUUGGGUGCCUAGUGUUUGGGGGUAUCGGAAGCCAAUUCGAGCGAAUGUUUGGAACUCUUGCGUUUGGGUACUUGUUCAUGGUUAUCAAUGUUUCAGCGAAUAUUUUGUUCACCUUCGCUGCACUCUUCUUUGCACCAAUCCUGCCUGAAAUGCAUCUUUUAUCACCUCUGAACUGUGCCAACGGUCUAUGGGUAUCGGUAUUGGCGUUUCUUGUGAUUCAUACACAGAGGUCUCCACACCCUUUCAUGUCAUUUUGGGGUCUUUGCAACAUUCCAACGAAAUUUUAUCCUUGGUUCCUUCUUAUUUUGUUCGCUCUGCUUGGAGCAAGCGUACUGGAAAAUUUGUGCGGGAUCCUGGUCGGAUACGCCUUCCAAUUUGGCUACCUGGAGCGUGUCAUGCCCUCAGAACAGAAAUUCUCAUCGUGGGAAACUUCGAGGGGGCAUUUGACUUGGACAGGGGCUCUCGUUUCCUACCCCACCGACGGCGGGGGGGGGCUUGGCAAUUGGAUGUCGUCAUCUACUGGACAGUCUCAAUCCUCGACCGCCCGGAACUUCUUCCUUCUCAGCCUUCCAGGGCUCUGGCCAUUCGCUAGUUUGAUGGGACUGAAGGGUCUACCGCACCGCAACCUGGCGGGUGGUUUGGGGGAGCGACCAGCAGCUCAGAGCCAACCUCAGAGAGUGGACCCGGAGACGAUGGAGGAUAACUUGAUCAGGUUGUGUGAGAUGGGAUUUGACCGGGCAAAGGCUCAGAGGGCGCUGGAAGAGCACCACGGAAACCUUGAGGCAGCAGCGGCAUCACUCACACAGUGA